CCAGCACCUCUAUGUUGGUCCAACAGCUGGAGGCCACCCACUAUAUCUCACCCCUCAGUCCGUUUCUGGCCUCUCCACCAUCUUAGCCGCACCCUGUACUGAGCCCCGCCUUCCUAGCCGUGAUUCCACAUACCCUAGGCCACGGCCUGGUCACAUAUGAGACCUCCCACCUGCCCAAAUUGGGGACGAGAGGAUGCUUCUCAUUCGAGGAAGAACCCACGGGCCCCAGCCGGGACACGCCGGCCACUGCAGAGCCCAGUUCCAAUGAGACGGACAAGGAGGCGUUAACUGUUGCAGCUGCUCCAACCACCUCCUCUUCUAUGGUGGAGGAGUCAGGCCCUGACCAGGCAGCCAUACCCCUAGUGUGGGAACGUGGAGGGUCUGGAGGGACACAGCAGGGUGCCUCUCCAGCCCCAGACAACUGCCAGCCUGGUCCUGGACCUAGCCCUGGCCCGACCAGCACAAUCUCCGUGACCAACGAGGACCUGCGGCCUCCCAGACGACGCCCACCAUCAGGGAAGCAAAUACCUUGCUCCAGCCCUGGCUGCUGCCUCAGUUUUCCCAGCGUUCGUGACCUAGCACAGCAUCUGCGAACCCAUUGCCCACCCACACAGUCCCUGGAAGGCAAACUCUUCCGCUGCUCAGCCCUGAGCUGCACCGAGACCUUUCCCAGCAUGCAGGAACUGGUGGCACACGGCAAGCUGCAUUACAAGCCCAAUCGAUACUUCAAGUGUGAGAACUGUCUCCUGCGCUUCCGCACACACCGCUCUCUAUUCAAGCACCUGCAUGUUUGCGCGGAGCAUGCGCAGAGUCCAGCCCCGCCGCCCCCCCCCACCCUGGAAAAGGAGUCAUCUGCGCCCGAGCGCCCCCCGGAGUCCGACCCUUCGUCGGCGCCUGGCCUGCAGUACCCGCUGCUCGAACCCUUCACGACCCCUGCCCCCUCCCCCACCGGGCCCUUCCUGCCCUAUUUAAACCCAGCGCCCUUUGGCCUAACCCCUCCACGCCUGCGCCACUUCCUGGCCGCCUCUCCCGGGCCCCCGGCCUCCAGCGCCGCUGUCUGGAAAAAGAGCCAAGGUCCCGGAAGCAGCCCUCGAAGACCCCAGGGCGGUUCCGACGCGCCCUCAGGGCACGCGGCCCUGAGCCGCAUCGUGUGGGAGCACACGCGCGGCCGCUACUCGUGCAUGCAGUGCGCCUUCUCCACGGCCUCGCGGCCCGCCAUGACGCAACACCUGGAGGACCACCGCCCUGGCGUCCCCGCAGCCCGGGCGUCCGGGUCCCCACGCCCUGACGCCCCGGCGGGUAAGGCCGAGGAACGCUUUUUGGGUGAACAGGGCAGGGGUCCAGGGGCGAGGGGCGGCGCAGAAGCUCAGGAGCCCCCCUCCUCUGCUCCACCCAGACCCGACCCCGCUUGCACCCAAGGUGUCGCCACUGCUGUCAGAGGGGGAGCUUCCAGUUUUCUUGCCACUCUGAACUCCGCUGCGGUGGGGGUGGGCCAUGGGAAAUGGGUAGUUUUGUAAUUUGGGGGAAGGAAGGGACAAUAAAGAAGGCACGAUGAGCCAGCCUGUGCUGUGUCUGGGUCCCUUGCCCCUUGGAUUCGAAGUGGGCCAGCACCUAGCCAUCCUGGGGGCUCACACUGGAGGGCCACCUGGGAGGUCACUCUCAGGCCCAUCUGUGUCCCAUCUCCCUUGUGACCUACUUCCCUAAACCAGAGUUUAUUUUGAAAGAGUCUCACCCUGCAGUGCAGUGGUAUCAUAGCUCACUGCAGCCUGGAAUUCCUGAGCUCCAAUGGUGGUCCUGCCUCAGCCUACAAUGUAGCUGGGACUACAGUGUGGGACACUAUGCCAGGCUAAUUUUUGGUUGUUACUGUGUUUUUCUGUAAAAAUGGAGUCUCGCUAUGUUGACCAGGCUGGUCUGAAAUUUCUGGCCACUCCUGUCUUGGCCUCCCAAAGUUCUGCCAUUAGAGGUGUGGGCCACUAUGCCCAGCCAGUUUUCUUUUAUUUAAAAAAGUCCCAGGAGUUGGGAGAACAGCUGAGAGGAUAGUCCUGAGGAACUGUGGGGUCUGGCCUGGUUGCAACCCUGCAGAUCCUGAGGCCAGUGCUGACUCAGAAGGGAGAGUGUACCCUUUGGCAGGGCGGGCCAGUUUAUAAGCAGGAUGGAGACUCAGGCUUCAUCCUCAUCUCCCUUGCUGUUCUCCUGAUCUGUGUCCUCUCCUGCCCCAGUUCUGCAGAGGUGAGUGGGUCCUGAGCUCCCUCCUCAACCCUGCUCUAGCAAGGACCCUCCUCUAACCCAUUGUGGAAAACCAGACUGGAGUCACAAGUUCAAAAUCUGGUGCCACCUGCUGCAUGUAAAGUCCCGGGUUGGGGGGUGAAGUCCUAGGCUUAGGGGCAGCUUCCCCUUGGGACCCUGGUCUUGCCUCCUGUAGGCAGCUCCCUUUUGUCUAGGUCCUGCCACGCAUGGCCUCCUAGCCUAGGCCUUUACUUGCCCCCUUACCCCAUUCCCCCAGCCUGAAGAUCACUGGGAACAGGCUUUCUUGCUUCUGCUUCCCCUGCCCAUUACCCUUAAGUGGCUCCCCACAGCCCUCUAGAUGAAGACCCUAUUCUCCCAGUAGCCUACAAGGCCACAGCUUGAAUCUCCUCAUCCUCUCCCAGGGUCACACUCAUUGUCUCCCUCCUGGGGAACACAGACAUCCUGUGUGCAAAGAACCCUUAGACCUCCUUGGCCCCACCCCACCUCAUCUCACUCCUUACCUUUUCCCCUCCUCUAUCUUCUGUAUGCACUUUGGAGUUUUUGUCUAUCAUCUCUUCAUCAUGGUACCUGCAUCCAAGACCCCAGCCAUCCCUCUAGGUAGGGUCCCCAGCCCCAGCCCCACUCAUCAUACUCGGAAUCCUGCCCCCCCCCCCACCCCCAAUAUGUCCAUUUAAGGGUUUGGGUCAAAGCUGCCCAGGUAGACAGACCAGGGUAUCAGCUCCAUACCUGCUCCCAGUAGUGCAGCAGUUGUGUCACCUGGAAGUUGGACAUUUCUGGGGUCUGUAAGCCCUAAAGUCUCUCAAGGGGCAGGACGGAGAUCUGAGUGUCCAACCUAAGGACUUGCCUGCUCACUGCUGGAGGCCUCACCAGGGCCUCAGGGCUGUCAUGUCCUUAGUGGGGCUGCAGCUGCAGCUCACAUGGCUAAGGCUGGGUGUCUACUCUGCUGGCUGUGGGAUGGGACAGGCUGUCAGGGAAUCCUGGGGCUCCAAGAACCUGAGUGGUGCAGGGUCAAGGGACCCAUUUUAGGGAUAGAGACGAAGGAGAAUAACCUGACUGAGCCCUGCCUCUGGCCAGGCCUAGCUCCAAGUCAAGGGUAACUCUGCACCAUCCCAGGAGCUGGGCAGUUUCUGUAGAUAAGAAAACCCUGGCAGCAGGCCUGUGGGACAUCCAAGACUCCUAGAUGCCCUUCAAGAUCUUGUUUUUCCUGUACCCCAGGAACUGCCAGCCCAUGUCCAGGGUACCAGUCCCCUCCCAAAUUCUAGGCCAUCCUCAGUCUGCCAGCACCUUUCCAAAGAGACCCAGAGCCAACACCAUCACCCAUGGAGUUGGAACAGCCCCUCCCAUAGGCACACGGCCUCCGCAACCCCACAAUGCCCCCUGAACCAAGCUGCAGGUUUGGUUGCUUAUUAGGGAGCUGGGUCACUGCUGACCACCCUGCCCUAUCCAGAAAACUACCUCCUACCCUCAUCUUGCCCCACUUACACCCAACCUUUUGUGUCCUUUUCUGGGCUUCUGCAACUGCUGUACUCUUGUCUGGCCAAGCUGUGACCCCAGGGCUGGCUGGAGGAUGGAGGCACGCAAAAAUUCCCCUUGCCCCCAACUCUGGGAUAACCAAAAGUUUUGUCCUCUUAGGUCCAGACUGUGGCCAGCAGGACUCCUAACCGUGAGUGUCGCACUAUGGGAAUUAAAAGUGCAGUCCCGAUCCUGGUGCACACCCACUUGUGUGGCUUCCCCAGCGGCGGGCGAGUUGGCCAGAUGCCGGUUCACAACCCAGCAAGGUGUCCAGCACCAGCUGUGUCACCUGCGGGUGCUGAUUCGGUUACCCUCACCCAACUCCCACUCCCCAAGGCGGACUCUGGCCCAUGCUCACUUCGAGCUUCCAGCUCCCCAUUUCCACCUGGAGCCAUCUGCCGCAGUCCAUACACUGCCCUGCCACACAGACCCCUGCUGGGAGCCACCACGACAAAAGGCAGUGGAGUGUGACACGUCCCCUGGCGGUGGUGCUGGAGCCUGUGCCAGAGGCGCGCUGGAUUGGACCUUUCAACGUGUGUGCUCUGGCCUAGGGGUGUCCACAUGGAGAGGCCGACCUACCUGGAGUCAUUAGCCAUCAUUCCGUCCUUUAUCUUGAUUGAGGCGCCUACUGAUAAGCUCUUGACUAGCAAACACUUGUUCUUACUUUCGGGGACCCAGGCCUCAUGUUCCCUGUCCUCCUAGGACUCCUUUUUGGAGAGUAACCCACAUCUGGGAACUGGAUGCCCUGGCACAGAGGCUACAGAAUCCUGCUGCUGUGCUCCGAAAACAGAGCAUAAAAAUAAAUGAGGGAGUCAUUUCCCACUGUGCGGUGUUUGA